AUGUCCGAUACAACUCCAGUGACACCGUAUACACCGAACCCUCGUCGAAAGUCACGUGGAGAAGAGCAUAUGGACGCACUUGAAACGGCUAUGGACACACGCGAAUCGCACGCCGAUAUGUUUGAGUCGCACAAUGAGCCAAGAAGUGAACGACGUGGAUCGCGUUCGAUUGUACGUGACGAUGCUCGUCAUGUGUACAACGAAUCGACUGAGAUGCACGAAAAUCGUUUGCCGGAAACAUCGUGUCCAUUUGCUCGCAUUCGAACAAACUCAGUGAGAGACACCCGAAGACAUUCACGUGUACCACGACAAAAUGCUGCUGACUCGCAAGUGAGUGACGAUCUCAACGAAGCGGUUAAUAGUUGCAUCAUUGGCUCUCUUCCAGUCGUCAACGGUUCUUACAUUCCUUGA